AUGGCUCCAACCGCCCUGGGUUUCGGCGUCGAGAUAGAAGCCGUCGUCAAACCAUACAAGAUCCGUCCAAACUGGUCUCCAUACGAAUACUACGAACGGCUCGCGCAGGCCCUGCGAAACCGACAUUUAGCAGCCAAAGCAGACGUCGCCGGCUCUCGAUACCAAAAACACCCAGAGUACUACAACCAGUGGUUUAUUACCAGAGACGGAUCCCUCCCCGCCUCAACCACCGGUGGUAACAUCAGCAUGGAAGUGGUAUCCCCGAAACUGCGCUCCGACGGCGACUGGGAAAAAGAAAUCGAGCUAUUCUGGGAAGCGAUGCGCAAGGUGUUCAAGAUCCAGACAGACACGCACUGCGGGAGCCACAUCCACGUCGCGCCCAUCGGGACCCGGUUUAGCCUGGAGGAUCUGAAGCGGAUCUCGUUCGCGAUCUGUCUAUACGAGAACCCCAUUAGCGUCUUGCUGCCUGCUGAGCGCCGCGGCAAUACCUACUGUAAGCUGAAUUCGCAGUCUGCGCAGGGGUUGCGCCAGACGCUGCAGCGGCGUACGGCGACGACGCUGAGGCAGGUUGCGAGUGAGAUUAAGGCGAUUACAAGGACUAGUGAGUUCUGUAGCUAUAUGCAGGCGGAUAGGUAUGUGCUGUGGAACUUUGCGAAUACGGCUGGGAGUGGAUCGGGGACGGUGGAGUUUCGGGGUGGGAGGCAUUUGAGAGGGAGGUUUCGGACCAAGAGGUGGAUUACGUUUACGGUGGUGUUUGUUUUGAUGGCGAUGGAGGAGGCGCUGGUGAAUUCAUCGAAGUCGUACAAGGUCUGGACAAACUCCCAGGCGGAUGCUACUAAAUUCUGGGAGAAGAUCAAGAAACACGCAAACAGGCUAAGGCUGGGAGCCAAUAUUCCAGAUACUUAUGGCAGCAUGAAUGAGGGUGCUUAA